ACUGUAACACACACUGCCAGUGUUUUGUUGCUGUAGUUUUCUCACAGUGACUGAUGUACAGAUACCAGCCAUACUGUCUCUAUGUACAGUGAUACAGUCACAUCACAAAUAUAGUCAAGAAGUCUACUUGGUAUAGAUGGAGGGAGAAGGAUGACGAGUAGUCAGAAACCAAAAAAGAGCCAAGCUUCCUAGUCAGAAACCAAGAUAGAGCCAAACAUUCUAGUAAGAGCCAAGCUCCCUAGUCAGAAACCAAGAAAGAGCCAAACUCCCUAGUCAGAAACCAAGAAAGAGCCAAGCUCCCUAGUCAGAAACCAAGACAGAGCCAAGCUUCCGAGUCAGAAACCAAGAAAGAGCCAAACUCCCUAGUCAGAAACCAAGACAGAGCCAAGCUCCCUAGUCAGAAACCAAGACAGAGCCAAGCUUCCGAGUCAGAAACCAAGAAAAUGCCAAACUCCCUAGUCAGAAACCAAGAAAGAGCCAAACUCCCUAGUCAGAAACCAAGAAAGAGCCAAACUCCCUAGUCAGAAACCAAGAAAAAGCCAAACUCCCUAGUCAGAAACCAAGACAGAGCCAAGCUCCCUAGUCAGAAACCAAGACAGAGCCAAGCUCCCGAGUCAGAAACCAAGACAGAGCCAAGCUUCCGAGUCAGAAACCAAGACAGAGCCAAGCUUCCGAGUCAGAAACCAAGACAGAGCCAAGCUUCCGAGUCAGAAACCAAGAAAGAGCCAAGCUUCCGAGUCAGAAACCAAGAAAGAGCCAAGCUUCCGAGUCAGAAUCCAAGGAAAAACCAAACAUCCUAGUAAGAGCCAAGCUCCCUAGUCAGAAGCCAAGAAAGAGCCAAACUUUCUAGUAAGAGCCAAGCUCCCUAGUCAGAAACCAAGAAAGAGCCAAGCUUCUGAGUCAGAAACCAAGAAAGAGCCAAGCUCCCGAGUCAGAAACCAAGAAAGAGCCAAGCUCCCGAGUCAGAAACCAAGAAAGAGCCAAGCUUCCGAGUCGGAAACCAAGAAAGAGCCAAGCUUCCUAGUAAGAGCCAAGCUCCCUAGUCAGAAACCAAGUAAGAGCCAAGCUUCCGAGUCAGAAACCAAGAAAGAGCCAAGCUUCCGAGUCGGAAACCAAGAAAGAGCCAAGCUUCCUAGUAAGUGCCAAGCUCCCUAGUCAGAAACCAAGAAAGAGCCAAGCUCCCUAGUCGGAAACCAAGAAAGAGCCAAGCUCCCUAGUCGGAAACCAAGAAAGAGCCAAACUCCCUAGUCGGAAACCAAGAAAGAGCCAAGCUCCCUAGUCGGAAACCAAGAAAGAGCCAAGCUCCCUAGUCGGAAACCAAGAAAGAGCCAAGCUUCCGAGUCGGAAACCAAGAAAGAGCCAAGCUUCCGAGUCGGAAACCAAGCUUCCUAGUCGGAAACCAAGAAAGAGCCAAGCUUCCUAUUCGGAAACCAAGAAAGAACAAAGCAUGAAAGAUUAAGCAUGAAGCAAGCUUCCUAGUUAAGGCCUAAGGUGUCAACCAACCCAAAGUUGGACUAUAUUGACAAUGACUGUCUUCCUCUCUCAGGUCAGACGUUGUGUUUGGGUGGUCCAGAGCAUCCCUGCUAUAAGAUUGCAUAUUUCCAUGACGUUAAGAGCCGUGUCGCCUUCCAAGAGGCAAAUCAGGCCUGCAAGAUGGACAGCGGGUCACUGCUUAGCAUCGAGAGCCCGGACGAGCAGAGAGACAUCGAAAACCUGCUGCAGGAGCUGCGUUCAGGAGCAGUGGGUGGAGCAGGGGGAGGUAUAGCAGAUGGUGAUUUCUGGAUCGGUCUGACUCGGAGGGACGGAGUCGAUCACACUGAACUUAGCAACACCUUCACUUCCUGUCCACAGCUCUACUACUGGACCGACGGCAGUCUAGCCCCCUUCAGGAACUGGUAUUUCGACGAGCCGUCCUGCGGAGGAGAGGCCUGCGUUGUGAUGUACCAUCAGCCAACUGCACUUCCUGGUCUGGGCGGGGCUUAUCUCUACCAAUGGAACGACGACCGCUGCAACAUGAAACACAAUUUCAUCUGCAAAUAUGAACCAGAGAGCCAUCUUAUGAAGAAACAGGGUGACACACCUGGAGGGCGAGGCACAGAGGCGACAGCAGGCGGAGGUGUGGUCAAACAGUCUGCAGGCAGUGAGGAGGUUCCCCCUCAGGUCACCAUGGCUGGGGCUUCAGGCAUGGUCCUGGUGUACGUGAUCAUCCCCACAAUCCCCCUGCUGCUGCUCAUCCUGGUGGCUUCUGGGACAUGUUGUUUUCAGAUGCUCAGUAGAAGCUCUCCCCGCUCCAAGACCACCGUCAACCAAUCAAACCUGUGGAUCUCCAGGACACCCAAACCGGACAGCAUGGAGGUCUGACAUCACAGUGACAUCAUCGGCUGGCGGAGGGGCGACGUCACUUCACUGUUAAACUAAUCAUCAUCAUCAUCAUCGGGCGGUGUUGACGGACAGAUUCAGGAGUGGGCGGAGCUUUAAGAGGACAAUGAUGUCAUCGCAGAGGGUGUUUUUUUUUCAUUUCUGGAGAUUUACUGCAGUUUAACACUUAAGUACAAAUAGCUUGAAUACUGACCCACCUGAUUACUGUGUACUUACACUGCGUCUCUACAGACAUGUUCUAGAGUACACACAUUACUGCACAUGUACAUUCUAAUACUCACCUGUACAGGUACUUCCCUCUGCUUCCUUUCCUCUCUUCCUAUUUUGUGGAUGCCUCCUUGCUUCCUUACCCUUCCCCUCCGGGUCUCCUUCUUUCCUUCCUGUUUCCCUCCUUCAUCUCGUUCUUCCUUUCCUCUCCUCUUACAGAGAACGCUUCACCCAUGUGUUUGAAGUUUAAUUGAUCGUGUACAGUUAAUGAAGUGGGAGUGAUCAGCAGCUGAGAGGGAAAUGAAGCGUCCUCGGGGGGGUGGAGACUCUGCAGGGGUGCGUUUGAUUUGUUAAUUUAAAAGAGCCGAGAUGAAAGAGAGGAAAGAGGCAGCACAUGAAGAUUCAUUUUGCAUCCCGUCUGAGCUGUUAAAAAGUGAUCGAUCGAAUCUGAAACAUGCUGAAUAUUUAAUCUCUAAAUUUAACGAUAAACAUCUCAGAAGUUUGUAAUGCUUCACUUUAACACUUAUUGAUCAUCUAUAAUCAGCAUAUAAACCUGUCAGCGGAGCUCCGCCUCCUGUAAACAGCUGUGUACAGAUUAUUACUGUUAUUAACCAGUUAUUACAUGUUUAUACGCUGACAAUCAAUAACAGAGUGAAAGUACUUCCUGUUUAUCUGCAGAGCUGCUUGUUCCCAGGCGACGUGAACACACCGUGAACUAAAACAUGCUUCUUUAAACUGCUCUCAGAUCAGCUGAGGAACCUGAUCACGUAGAACUGAUUUCUCGCCUUGUCUGUUCGGACCGAAUACUCACGGUUAGCCGAUGACUGUAGCUUGCUAAUUAAUAUUCGCUCUGUAGGUCGAUUGAAAGCUUCAGCUGGACCCUGAACACGUCACCAUGGAGUAGGUCAGCUCCAUCAGCAGAUAAUCCAGCACAACUUUGUGUCACCUUUUAACGCCCUGGGUGACCUUCAGCGUCUUUUUUGUACGUAUAGAGCUCCACGGUCAGGUUAGCAACAAUAAAUAUGCAACAAGUUGUGAAACGUUAAAAUUUGGUUAGUUUAGGCACCGAAACCACUCGGGCAGAUUUUGGUAACGUUGCUUGCAAUAAGUAAUAUUCAGUGCUGACUUUUUGUUGUGCACGGUGGUCCAGCGUUUAACCCCAGAGCGGCGUGACGAGAGUUAACGAGCGUUUAACCCCAGAGCGGCGUGACGAGAGUUUAAACGCUCUUUCAUGUCGUGUGCUUCAUUUCUCUCUCAGAAUCCCGGCUGACCAAGAAAUAAACCCACCAAUCAGCCCAUUAACUCUGCCUGAUUAAUGCACCGAUACCAAAUUAAUGGGAUUUCACAUCGUUCCAAGUUGCUGUCACCAUGGAAACGCCAAAGUGUCAUCACAUGUAGUGGCGUUUGUGUUUGUACGUCUGACAAAGUAAUGAAUUAAAGUCUUUCUGUGA